AGCGCAUGAUACUCGUAAGAGGUCGAAUUGGAGGAGAGCUGUACACGCAUAAAGGAGGAGGUGCCCAGUAUGUCUGUUUAACAGAACAUCCCACAUACGCUAAUUACAAAGAUGGCCUCGGUUCAGAAAGCGGCAACAUGUGGGGCACAGAAUAUGAAAUUCCAGGUUUUAACCCUUUUUCGACAGGAGGACUUAGUCAGCACGAUGCCGUCUGUGCUGUGUGCCACGUAAGAACACGCGGUUCUCAGCUCAUGAUCCCUGGGACUUACAUCUGUCCCUCGGGCUGGACCCGCGAGUACCAUGGCUACCUCAUGUCCGAGAAAUUUUACCAUCAUUCCAGCCAGUACAUCUGCGUUGAUAGAAAUGCUGAGUACGUGCCUGCAAGUGGAGGAAACCGGAAUGGAGCUCUUCUUUAUCUGGUAGCAGGAAUUUGUGGUGCCCUACCGUGUUUGCCCUACGUCGAAGGGCGACAGUUGACCUGUGCGGUAUGCAGUAAAUAAUAUCGAACUCAUUGGAAAAAAGAGUAUUUGAAAGCUAAAAAUUUCAAUGCCGUUCAGUGUUUCAUAAAAUCAGCAUCAAAAUUUACUGAUAUCGUAA